GGCACACACACUUUUGAGUUGGAUCGCAAUCGAGCUGCAUAUCCAACUAUUUAGUCGGCUACGAUUAAGUUGAUAUGGUGUGCGCACCUUCAUGUGGUUACAGAAGACCGACAAACAGUCGGCCGAUAAACUCUUCAGUGUGCAGGGCUAUUUAGUUGAACUUGGAAUUGAAAGAUAUAAUGUGAUAAUCUGUAUAAAUAUUUUGCUGGCGAUGCUAAGAUUCGUAAGACUUUAACGUCGUUGUUUAUAUCACCGUAUGUGCACAAUUGCAAGUCUCUUCGAACAGCUGUACAUACACCAACCCUUCUCCAUCCACCCACUAACAAUAAAGUAAAAAUAUAACACGCACAUUUCAAUUGUGACGCAUCAACAAUACGGUUGCCGAUGGCUUCGAAUUCGCAGGUUGGAAAAAUUGUGGUCGUCGUUGCACUCACAUUAUUUAUCUACUAUUUCUUUUGGGUGUCCAUAUUGCCGUUCAUGCUGAUUGAUGAUGGUAACUUAAUACACUCGUUAUUUCCACCACUUGAAUAUGCUUUCAUAUUCCCGGCAGUAUUCGGCGUGAUUUUUCUUGGUGGCACAUCGGUCUAUACAUUAUAUCACCUUUGGGCAUAUAUUUGGGAGCGAAAAACUAUUUAAAAACGUGCGUCCUGUCAAUAAUUUUACGUAAGCAAGUAUAAAUAAAAAGUAACAUCAAAAGUUUGUAGCGAAGUUCAUAAGGUUAUCUCACUUUGGCACACCGCUUGUGA